CUUGGAUUUAUUCCUCGACCCUUUACCCACACUCGAGAGAGUGGGGAAGGAAGAGAGGGAGAGGGAGAGGGAGAUGGCAGCUUCAGUUGUGCCAGAGAUCAAUGUCGUUGCCAUCUCUGGUUCCCUUCGCAAAGCUUCCUACAAUCGUGGCCUCGUCCGCUCUGCAAUCGAGAUAAGCAGGGAGUCUAUUAAGGGAAUGAAGAUAGAAUACGUCGACAUCUCACCACUCCCUUUCAUUAACACCGAUCUCGAAGUCGACGGCACUUACCCACCGGUUGUCGAAGCCUUCCGUCAGAAGAUCCUUGCUGCCGAUUGCUUUCUCUUUGCUUCUCCUGAGUACAACUACUCUGUUUCCCCUCCUCUGAAGAAUGCGAUUGACUGGGCAUCUAGACCUCCAAAUGUUUGGGCUGGUAAGCCGGCUGCCAUUGUAAGCGCAGGAGGAGGUUUUGGUGGAGGAAGAGCACAAUACCAUUUGCGCCAAAUUGGGGUUUAUCUUGAUCUUCAUUUUAUUAACAAGCCGGAGUUUUUCUUGAAUGCAUUCCAACCUCCACAGAAGUUUGAUAGUGAUGGCAACUUAUUGGACGCUGAAGCUAAGGAGAAGUUAAAGCAGGUUCUUUUAUCAUUGCAGGCAUUUACUUUGAAACUCAAUGGCAAGUGUGAAUAAAUCCAUGCAAAAUCAAGUCCCUGCUACAGGGUAGAUAACACAUGCUUCUUUGCUCCAUGGUACGAUAGGCAGGUGUUAAUAAUGUGUUGGCUUGACAAAAUUUAUCAAAUUGACGUGCAGUUGUUUCUACUUGGGUUGAAAUGAAGAAACCCGGAAAAGCUCUUUGUGUUACUAGUGAGUACAUUUGACUUUGGAUUUAUGUUGGUGAUUCUGACCUCAAGUUGAUCUUAUCGAACUUUUCUAGAUAAUGUGCUAUACACUGGAAAGGUUCUUUUUUUUCUUUUUC